UUGUCCACUCAGAAAGCAGCAGAACCCUGCAGACACAAGCCAGACAUUCAGGAGCAAGGCUUCGCUAUAGGUCGGUAACUUCUCCUGUGUCAGUGUAACGGCAUAUACGAUUGGAUCUUGACAGAUGCUGUUGGCUGGGUGUACCUAUGCUAAUAAUCCAUUUCCUAAAUCCAUCUUGGAGUACGAACUUAUCUAAGGCCAGGAUUUAAUGGAACCAUAUUGUAUGAAGCAGAGAUCAGCGAAGGCCAACAAUCCUCCAACAACUCUCUAAUUCAGAUAAAAACUUCCAAAAUGUCAGAACCUCACAAACCAGAUAAAAGUUCUGCUACUAAAGAGCUUGCCAUCAAACUCACAGAGGCUGGCUUGGAUCCUGAAAAAUGGUGUCGCGUGCUAGAGGAAGAACUGGGCAUUGUAACUAUCCGAACAUUACAGUAUGUGACAACUGAAGACUUCUCACUACUAGAGGAUUUCAUUACAUACCCCUGGGAAAGAAGAGCAUUGCAUAGACUAUUUAAUAUAGCAGACAGCAGUGUACAGAUUGUGGAAGCACAAGCGAAACCACGUCUGUCACAGAAAAAUAAAAAUGAACUAACUUCUAAGAUACCAACACAGUUAAACAUGAGAUCAAUAAGGAAAAGUCGACAAGAUGACCACUUAUGUGAUGCAGACAUCAUUGCAUGUGCUUCUGGGGGGCUGGCACUUGAGGGAAUUUUCCAAACAAAAAACAUUGAAGAUGUUCUUAAGAAACGUGAACCACUUCUCUGUGUUCCAGAAGGCUUCAAACUAGUUCAAUCACAGCAAAAACCACUUUUGCAGCAAAAGGAAUUUACAUCUCAUGAAGAGGAAUCAAAAUUUCAAAGACUUGUUGAAAAGAUUGGGUUAAGUUUAAAUAGUUCAAUUAGUAUUGGCUUUAAGGGCUUUGGUGUGAACAGCAGUAUCGGUUAUGGAAAAUCUAAAGAGUCUGACAAAGUUAGAAAAGAAUCCAGUAAGCAGACUUAUGUGUGUACAACCAGAUAUAACUACAUCCCUCUAGCUUCCUGUUACUUUACAAAGGACCAGCUCAGACUUUCCCAGGCUGCCCUGAAUGCAUUAAAACACCUUGAAAAGUUUUUUGACAUAACCUCAAAUAAACAUCUUUUAGCAGCAGGUUGUGCUGAAUUUUUCCAAAGAUUUGGCUCGCAUGCCAACCUUGGUCCCCUACACUUUGGAGGAAUAUACUGGUGGAAAGCUUCCAUGCAAGGAAUUGUUACCAGUCAGGUGCAAGAAGCAAAACAAAUGACAUCUGAUGCACUAAACGUGUACAUGGGUGUUAGUUAUGCAGGAAGUGGAGGAGACAUUGACCUGUCAACAACAAAUACACAGAGUUCUGUAGACAGGUCUAAACUAGCCACAUUUCAGAAAAAUAUUCAGUUUUCUGUAGCCAAAACAGGGGGUCCACCAGAAGCUGAUUCUCUAUCCCACUGGAAAUCAGGACUUGUAUCCAGUAGCAAAACCUGGAGUGUCAUAGACCGAGGGUUUCAGCUGAUACCUAUAUGGAAGAUCAUCAUAGACAAUCACAAGAAUGAGUUCAAAGAUUGUUUCAAACUUACUUCCUGCCUAAUUGAUCAUUACACAUCAGUGACUGGUCUCACCUCUGAAAUGAUGGUGAGAGAACAUCUAGUAGAUCAUUUGGAAAAAACAAAACAGUUCUUACGAGUUGUGAGAUCCUGGAAAGUUGACAAUUUCAAACAACAUUUAAAGGAGCUAAUUGACUUUAAACAGACACUCAACGAAACAACGGGAAGUUAUAGUGCUUGGGUGACUUCAUGUCUUUCGGAUAAAGGACUACAAGAAUAUCUAGUAAAUGUUGCGAAAUCCAAAGAUUCCCGUUCUGAACAAGACAAAUAUCUCAUAAAAGUUGCAUUGCAACAGCUAAUCGAGCCUCAUAUUUAUUCUGUUGAUCACUUCCCCAAUGCCUCAUUUAUUAUGAGUUGGAUUUAUGACUCUGAGAAGGGUAAACUUGAUCGCAUUUCAGUGUCCAAUUUUAAGGAGCUCAUUGAUGUUUUACAGCAUUCAAUGGAUGAUGUUCUACAUGCUAGUGUUGCCUUGAAGGCCUCCACAGAAGAACAUCAACAAGCAAAGCUUAAAGCUACAAUAGACAUCAGUCUCUCAUUGUAUUCCUUCCUGAGAACUAUGAGGAAGAUGAAACAAAUCGACACAGAAUUACUGGUCCUCUGCAUUGCACAUAAUUCUGGAUAUUGUAUGGAAAAUAACAACUUCCGGGACCUUUUAGAAUCUAAAGAUAUUGAGUUUCUGAAAAAUCAGAUGCAAAAAGCCUAUCAGAAGUACACAAACAUCAGAAGUCAAUCAGCUCAGCGGGCUCAAGCAUUCGUCCUGUACACAGGUUUGACAUCUGCGGGUCAAUAUAAAGAAAUCUCUCUGGAACAAAAACAAGAACGUUUACAUUUUAUGAGAAAACACCUGGCAGGCUGUCUUUCACCCAAUGUCAGUGAUAUAAUUGAACAACAUUCAAAAUACUGUGAUUGGAGUAAAAUGGAAGAUGAUCUAAGAGCCUUUAGCUACGGACACACAAAAAAAGAAUUUAAAACCGAUGAAAUUGAACAUGAACUUCAUGUAUGCCAAGAAAGAGUAACCUAUAUGACAAAUGACGAAGAUAUGGACUGCAGCAGCAUGAAUACACAAUUUUUGCAAUUACUGAGUAGACUGAAUCUUGACAAGUAUUAUCCUCAAAAAAUGAAGAAUGCUGAUUUUCAUAAGAUCUGUAGAUCUUCUCUCUGUGAAACACAAAUUUUGGAAGAAAAACAACUUGCUUUUCAUUUUUUGCAAAAAUUGCUCAUGUUGGAUUAUCGCGCACGAUAUGUUCAAUGUAGAGUCAAUGGUGAUCCCAUUCAGGAGAACACCAGCAAUGAAGAUCAUAACCUGUACACAUCUCAGGAUAACUUUGAAGAUUUCCUUGGUGACUUUAGUGAAGAUUUUAAAAAUCAGAGGAUGAGUAAUAAACAAACAAUUCACCCUAUGGAUGUCCAGAUGGCUAUUUUUCAUUGUGCUAAUGAUUAUAUGAGACAGUAUAUUUAUACAAAACUAUCACUUUGUCAGUUUGCUGUACCACUUUUGGUAACCAAUCCCAACCGAAAUUCUAUUGAGUUCCCACUUUGGUCUUUUCAAGAAGUUAAAAAGAAGUGGAAAACGAAGAGUGUCAAAAACGCAGAGAAUGAUAAAUAUAAUGACAAAUUUAUUAAGGAAACAGAAAUUCCCAUUGUAUCCUUUAUUCGUCUUGGCCCAUCUACAUCCUCCAAAUCCCAGAUAAUCAAUUUGCUGAUGAGUAAAAAAAGACAUGACAUCUUCUACCACCGCCACUGCAAAGGAAGCACCAAGAACUCUGUGCUGAUGAACGGUGUCACAGAGAUUGCCUGGUAUUGUCCAGGUGGGAAGGAGGAUGACACAUUUGAUGACUGUAUAGCACUCACUAAUCUUCAUGGGGAUGCCAGAGACCAUGAUCAACAGGUAAAAUUCUUGCUUCAAAUUUCUUCUGUCAUUGUAGUUAUGUUCAGUGAUUUAGAUGCAAAUGAAACACGGGCAAAAGAAGUGCUACAACAAUUAUGGAAAUCCUCCAUACCACUAAUCUGUUUACUUGCAGAUAAAGAACACUGUCAACCUACACCUGGAUUGAGGAGAAAAAUAGGUAUAAAAAAUAGAAAUGAAGCAGAAUUGCUACAAGAUGUAACAUCAGCGAUACAAUCAUUAUUACCUACUUUAAAAAGAAGGUACUCGCUCAGCAAAUGUGGCAGCAUUGCCAGAGCUCAUGGAUUUAUGGUUGAUGAAGACAAAGAACAAUGCCAGCAAAGCAGAGAACAAGCCGAGGUUCUGAUCUCUCUGUUCAAAGAAAAAAAUGUAUUGGAAGCAAAGAGCGAAUUUCUUCCUUUACAGGGUGAUCUCUGGCACAAGUGGUGCAUGAAAGACAAAGAACUGACUCGACUGAAGACGAAAAGCAACCAGAGCAUUGAGCAACAACGUAGUGACAUUGAGUCUCAAAAAUAUACAAUAAGAAACCAACAACUACAAAGAGCUUUUCCUCUCAAUGAUUUCAUGAGAACUUUUCUACAGAUUCUACAGUCAAAUGUUCAAUGCUCACAAAUGUAUUUUCUCCAGUGGUUUAAAAUGUAUUUGGAUGACUUGUCUUCAAACACUCUUUCAGUGCUAUACCAGGAGUACCACAAUGUGUGGUCAAAUAUAAAGAAGGAAAAGCAAAAAGGUAAAAAUAAACAGAUUAUAGAAAAAAUGGGCAAAGAUUUAGAAAAACUAUCAAUGAAGAUCAAUAUGUCAACAUUUGGGCUUGAACACAUUCUGAGAGAACUUGGCCAAAUCUAUGAAGCAUUAGAAACCUUCCCUAAAGAGAAUAAAAGUUUUUCCCAUUUGCCAAAAAUUGUGGCACAUCUUAUGGUCUCUGGGUAUCCGGUUGAGUUGAUGGAUGGAGAUGCUGCCCAUGUGCCACUGAGGUGGAUUCAGUCUAUUCUGGAUGAACUGAUAAAAAUACUAGGAGACAAAAAGCUUUAUGUCCUCUCUGUACUGGGUAUACAAAGUACAGGUAAGUCCACAUUACUCAAUGCUAUGUUUGGGCUGCAGUUUGCUGUAAGUGCUGGGAGAUGUACUAGAGGAGCAUUUAUGCAGCUUAUAGAGGUAGAUGAAGAACUAAGACAUGAGAUGACCUUUGACUAUGUUCUUGUUGUAGAUACAGAGGGGUUAAGAGCUGUGGAGUUGUCAAACAGAAAUGCACUUAAUCAUGACAAUGAAUUGGCCACAUUUGUAAUUGGCCUGGGUAACCUUACAGUCAUUAACAUUUUUGGGGAAAAUCCCUCUGAAAUUCAAGACAUCCUACAGAUUGCUGUCCAAGCAUUUCUGAGAAUGAAAAGAGUCAAUCUACAACCCAGCUGUCUAUUUGUUCAUCAAAAUGUCGGAGAAAUCACAGCCAAAGAGAAAAAUAUGGAGGGACGAAGAAAACUACAGGAAAAACUGGAUGAGAUGACAUUGUGUGCUGCACAGCAAGAGCAAUGUGAUGUAACCUGUUUUAAUGAUGUCAUCAAAUUUGAUGUAAACGCUCAAAUUCACUACUUUGCCCACCUCUGGGAAGGGGACCCACCAAUGGCUCCUCCAAACCCAAGUUACAGCCAAAAUGUGCAAACACUAAGACAGGUCAUACUCGACUCUGCAAAACGGGAAGCACAACAAAAAAUGUUGAGCAUUUCAAUGUUCAAAACACGUGUUAACGACCUGUGGAACGCAUUGCUUAAUGAGAAUUUUGUUUUCAGCUUCAAGAAUUCUCUUGAGAUUGCAGCUUACAACAAACUGGAAGUGAAAUACAGCCAAUGGGCAUGGACACUGAGAGAACACAUGCUGACACUUCAAAACAAAAUCAAUAACCAAAUUAAUAAGGAUGAAAUAAAAUUUGUAGAUGUAAUGUCUCUAAAAAAAGAGUUUGAGCAAGAAUUCAAAACCAUUUUGGAAGAUUUAAAGAAAUUUUUUAACGAUGAAAAAGAUGGGGACAUACUAGUUCAAUGGAAAGUGAAUACAGAACACAGGCUCGCUACUAUUAAAGAUGAACUCAUAGAAGAGAUAAGGAAAAAAGCAGAUGAACUAAUUACUUUAAAAAGGGACAAUAGAAAAAUAAAUGAGUUAAAAGAGAAAUAUGAGGAACAAAUGUUUGUAGAAAGCAGAAAAAUGGCCCUGGCCUUGAAAGGAAAAAACUUAAAUGAUGAAGACUUGCUGGAAAAAUUCAAUAAAAUGUGGAAUAUGUGCAUUAGCGGAGCAGCUGCUGCAAUGCGGACCCUUGAACCCCCGCCAAUCCAAAUGCAUAUGGAAAAUGUUUUAUUAGAACGCUUCAAGCGAGAGACCGAUCUAGUCGAUACAAUCAGAAAUUCUUAUAAGUGGACAAACUUAGUUGAGGAGUUCUCCAAGUACAUUUCAACUAAACGCAAGUAUUAUGUGCUGCCUGAAACGCUUUCAUUUGCAAACCAGAAACACAUAGAAAGUGUCACCCAUGCUCUACACAAGCGAAUAGACGAAUAUAUAGGUCAAAAACAGCAGCAAAAAAUGGAUUAUCAGCUUAUUUACUUUCAUGAAAUUCUAAACAUCCUAAAUGCAGAAGUAUGCUCAAUGUUAGACAGUAAGUUUAAAUAUAAACGUGAAUACAUUCUGUAUGUGUCUCUGUUCUUGUGCCAAAAGGCUGCCCACAGAUUUAUCCAGAUUAAUGAUGCAUUUAGAAAAGCCAAUGAUCCUCUUGUCUAUCUACAAAGUAAAAGAAAACAAUUCUGGCAGAGUUUUAAAAUCUCUUGUGAAGGAACAAUACAAAUCGCAUCACUGGCUGACUUCCUGUGUAACACAAUUAAAGACUCCGUCCAGCAAGGAGUGUAUGAGAGGUCUGCAAUCCAAUUAGCUGGUGCCAUGAAAAGUAACCACCCUGCUCUGAAUGGGAACAGAUCAAAACUGGAGUUCUGUCUACUUAAGUCACUGGCAGAGGAAGAGAACUUCCAGGAUUAUAUGAAUUAUGUCACUGAUCCUAAAUCAGCAAUUCAAGCCUUUAUUGGGGAAUGUAUUGACCAAUAUUAUGAUAACAAGACCAAGAUAUCCGUCAACUUACACAUUAAUGUGGAUCACUUCAGAAACCUUAUAAUAAAGGCUAUAGAUACAUCAGCUGUAAUGGUCACAGACCGACGUGGCGAUGUCAGCUCGUGGCUGGAUGCUUUCUGCUCAAGGCUUGGAAGUGAGGUGAAUCUGUCCAGUGCUGACCUCAAAAGUGUGAAAUAUCAGAACAUAACAGAUAUAGAUUUUCUAAAAGAGGCGAUGACACAGGCUAUGGAAAUUGUGGUGAAAGACCUAAAACGUGACUUUUCCAACUGUCAUCUGCUCAAUAUGAAAAUAAAGAUUCUUGAAAUACUCUUUAGUGGGUUUCAGGGGUGCUGGGAAAAGUGUCCCUUUUGUGGUGCAGUCUGUACGAAUACUAUUGCUGGACAUGAUGGAAAGCACAGUGUGAAGUUCCAUCGUCCUCGAGCUAUCGAUUGUGGCAAAUGGCAUAAAACAGAUCACUUUGUCACAGAUAUAUGUUCCACUCUUGUAUCCAGUGAUUUAGUAUUUAUACUUAGUGACGACAAGCAAUUUCCCUACAAAACCUACAGUGACGCUGGACCUCCUUACAGUAACUGGUCUAUUACGCCAGACAACUCCGCAUUAUCUUACUGGAAAUGGGUGAUCUGCCACUUCCAGUCUGAUUUAGAAAAUCAUUAUAAAUUGCGAUUUACAGAUAAAGGGACUGUCCCUUCACAAUGGAAGAGUAUACAGAAGCAGGCUGUCAUUUUGGAGGUAGAGAAACUAAUGUAAAUCUUACAAACUUUAAAAGAGCCUGUAGGGUAAGCCUACAAUGAGCAUCAAAGAUCAGUUUAUGCUUCUACUGUAAACGGAUCAUUUAGGGGGUAAAAAGAAUUUUGAAGACUAAUCGAAAGACUAGUGUAAUCGAAGACUAAUUAUACAUAAUAUUGAAGUACGUUGAAACAAUAUAUAUUCAGUGAUUACUGUGAUCUUGCAAACAUUGUAGAUGUAGACCUUGAGUUAUUGUAGAUGUGCAGUAGAACACUGAAUUGAACAACAGUUGGCUGGGAGAAGAUGAAGAGUAAUCAGUACCAUGGGGGGACACGACGACGACAACAAUGUGAUUAUGAUCUUCAGAAGAUAAUUAAUUAAUUACUUGCAGCUCUCGAUGACCUUUGAAUGCUCCGACUCCUCUUAUAAGACCUCCCCUUCUUAUAACAAGUCAUGUAUAUAAACAUAUCGAUGAUCAUCAUGAUUUUUUUUUCUUGGCUAUAUAGCACUAUAACUAGCAUGUGAUAGCAGUGUGUGUAAAUACUUAGGCAAACUCUGCUUACUUAAUGCAUUUUUUUUUUUUUACUUUCUUGUUAUUGUGAUUAUGCUUAUGUCAUGCACUGCUCAGUGCAAUUACCGAUCAUGCAUGUUCUCAAUGAUCAAUUCAUUCGGGGGACAAAAAAUACCAAUGUCCUCGAAUAUUGUUUAUUAGCUAGGCUAAAAAACUAAAUGUAAUUGCAUUUAUUUUUUGUUUUGCAAUCUUGUAAAAUGGAAUGGAUAAAUAAACGCAUGCAAACUCAA